UGCAGCUGCACCACGGCCUCUCCCUGUGCGACGUAACAAGGCUCGGAGCCAAAAAGGGUCACACAUGGCCACAUCCAGGUGCCAACUUUUUGUCACACGCUCGCUGCUUGCGUCGGGCAGGAGUGGGAGGAUGUCCUGUGUCAUUUUGCUGGUGCAGUUUGAGGGACUGCAGCCAAAAAGAGAGGAAAGAAAAGGGAGUAAAGUCAGCAAAGCUCCAGAUGUUGCUAUGAGGAAAGGAGUCAGCAAUGACUGAUGUAGAGCCUGUGGUCACAGAUUUUGUCUCAUCAGGACGGUCAGGCCGCCGAAACGCCUUACCAGAUAUCCUGGGCUCUCCUGCUGGUGCUGGGACUUCAGAACUGCCACACAAACUGGCGGAGCUCUCUGUUUCAGAAGAUGCAGGAGCAGAGGGUGGAGAAGUGUCAUCAUCCAAAGCCUUGCCGGAAAGUCAAGAGGCGGAAGGAAAACGCAAUGAUUCCUAACACCUAAGGACUUCUGGGUUAAUGAAUCCCAUCAACAGACUUCCCAGUUUCCCUGCAUCACCCCUUCUGAAGUGUGGUAGCAACUUUAGCAGCACAGACAUGACUUUGCAACACACUUGUACCUAGAUGAUUAUGUGGAUGGCAUACAGUUCUUUCCACUGUCAUCCUUCUAAAGCAAUGUUCUACAUAUCCAAACAGGAAGAAAACUAAAGAAUGUAUGUCUUGUUUUCAGUUUUUCUCUCUUGUUUUGGUUAUAGUAUUCAUCCUAACUAAUGUUUGACAGUUACAAUUAAUAUACCUACCAGGAACUAAUCAUUGUUUCAAAAUAAAAAUCCUGUUUCUUAAUUUCCCAAACCAGCCACUUUCUCUCUGGCACAGAGGUGUGUUCACUCCCCACAAGAUGAUAUUAAGUAUAUAUUAGAUUACAGACAUUGUCUGUAAUUUAUCUCCUGAGAUUUUUGUUCUCAUUAAACAUAUGUAGAUGGAUGUGAGAAAAAAAGAUAAUUACAUAAAAUUUUCUCCUACUCCUGUUGCUAGAAGGUUUUAUAAACUACUUAAAAAUCAGUGUUUGUUUUCAGACUCUCCUUAUCUCUAUUUGAUUAUGGCAGAUCAUCUCAAUUCUCCCACUCUUAGAAGUCUCACCACUUUGGCCCUUCAUUUUCAUGCUGAAUAUUGUAGAUGUUCAUGUGUAUCUAAAGUAAAGUAGGUAUGUUUGUAUAUGAUGAAAAUUGUUUAAGCUCACCGUGGAAAUUAAAUAUCUAUAAUCUUUUCUGUCUUCA